AUGUCGAUCCAACCCAUCGCCACAUUGCCGGGUCACACAGACCGAGGUAGGCUCCUCCGCUCGAUCGUUUCGCAAUCGACCGGCACCCGCUGACGCUCCCCCACCCCACGUCCUCCGCACGAACCGACGACGACCACAGCUUGGCAAGUGGCAUGGUCUCCGUCGACCCCUCUCCUCGCCUCCUGUUCCUCGGAUAAAUCAAUCCGGUUCUACACGUACACCCCACCCCCCCCAUCGACCGCAUCCUCCUCCUCCUCCUCCACCUCCUUCCCACGCUUCACCUUCUCCAGCUCCAUACCCUCCGCCCACCCACGCACGAUCCGUUCCGUCUCCUUCUCCCCCACAGGCCAAACGCUCACCACCGCCUCCUUCGACUCGACCGUCGGCGUCUGGUCCCCAUCGACCGACCGGGACGACAACGAACAAGCCUCGACCGAAUGGGAGACCGCCGGCGAUUCGUUGGAAGGGCACGAGAGCGAAUGCAAGAGCGCGCAAUGGUCUAGUGAUGGGAGACUGUUGGCAAGUUGUAGUAGGGAUAAAUCGGUUUGGGUGUGGGAGGGUGAGCACGCGGGUUUGGGGGCGAGGGUGGAUCCGGGCGGCGGAGCUGACUCUUGCUUGGCGAUCUGAUGGCGUUCCUUCUGCAGCCGUCAGUCCGACCGAGUUUGAAUGUUUGGCCGUAUUGAUGGAGCACGAACAAGACGUCAAGUCCCUCGCAUGGCACCCUCAAGACGAGGUACGUUCCCUGCCGAGCGAACUAUCGGGUCGAGAUUCUCCACGUUGACAAUUUACUACUUCCCAUCGCCUACAGCUACUCGCCUCGGCCUCAUACGACGACACGAUCAAGCUCUACGCCGCUGAUCCUUACGACGACGAAUGGUCGUGUGUCUACACGCUCGUAGGCCACACCUCCACCGUAUGGGCCAUCACCUUCUCCCCCUGCGGCACCUACCUCGCUUCAGCAGGGGACGAUCGAACCCUCAAGAUAUGGCAACGAACACCCAAAGCAUCUGCUGUUGAGGUAGGACAGCUUGGGGAAGCCAAGAGGGAGGAAGGGGGGAGGAUGGGCCCUUGGUCAGCGGGUGGGGUCAGGAUAGGGAUCAAAGAACGGUGGGAAUGGAAGUUGGUUGCGAGUUGGGACGAUGGCUUGCAUUCGAGGACGAUCUACAGUUUGGAUUGGAAUCGGAGUGGGGUCGAGGAGACGCAGGGCGGACUGGGCAGGAUCGUUACGGGUGGUGGGGAUGGGGUCAUCAAUGUUUUGCAGAUGGUCAGUUCGAGUCGGUGCUGGUCCUUUGCAGCUAGGGGAAAGACGACUAAUCGUUCUGAACUUUACAGAUGAAGCCCUCAACACCCGAAGGAGCGCCUUCGUACAAACUCAUCAGCUCAGUCGAAUCAAGUCACGGCGUCUCGGACGUCAACCACGUCGCGUGGUGCAAGCUAUCCCCAGCAAAAGCAGCAGCAACGCUCAAGAAAUUGGAGGGUGGUCAGGAUGAAGAAGAGAAUGAGGAAGACCAGGAGAUGGAAACUGAAGAUCCGUCGACGGAAGAGGACUCGAGGUGGAAAGGGGUCGAGGACAUGUUCGCUAGCGCUGGCGACGAUGGGCUCGUCAAAGUUUGGUCGGUGCGACCCACUGCCGCGUAG